AUGACCUUGGGAAAUUCGAGUCUGUCGAAACUGUUAGCGCACACGCCCGCCAUGUUGGAUGACUCAUCAGCUCUGACAGCGGCGGUGGCGUGUCUUUCGGACACGCGGAAACGACAAAUGUUGGCGACCGCCGGACCCAAAGUCGACCCAAUACUGUAUGGUCAUACCCUACGUUGCCUUAGGAUGGCAUUGGAAGAUGUGGUGCAGUUGAAGAGUCGACAAACCUUGCUCGCAACCAUAGUCAUGGCUCAAAUUGACGCCGCGACCUUGACAACCACACUACCCAAUCUACAAGCCACUUGGUCGGCUCAUUUAUCAGGAGUCGGCUUUCUACUCGAACAUCAAGGGGUCGAGACAGUGGGAGACGACUUAACCUCGGACAUUAUCACCGAUGUCCUCCAACCUCGACAUCAACCCUUUUUUCUUGGGUCCCCCAAGUGGAAGGUGGCGUUCUGCGAACGGCCGGCAGAUUCACUCUGUCAACGGUUGUCGGUCAAAAUCUUUCGAAUCAUGACCGUGUGGCCUGACGUGAUGGGAGGCUUACGAGGUUACCACUGUGGAAAGGUAGAAUUCGACAGUGUACUGUCAAAAGUCAUGUCCAUGUCGGCCACGCUCGAAUCGAUGGAAGGACAGGUGCAGAUGAUCCUAGCAGAUUCGGCGCAGGUUCGUACAAGACCAGCCACUGCCAAAGACUCGCCUGUCGACGAGGUGUAUCAACUCGACGACUCGACCAUCCCUCGAGUUUGUUGUUACCACGCCCUCUGCACCAUUGUCACGCUCAACAUGUUGGCUGCACUUCAAGGGUGGAGUGCGGAAUUGCGGGAGCAUGCGGCCUCGGUGAGCAAGAGGAUUUGGAUGUGUCACGAGUACGUCCUCGGCGUGGGGAUUUUCGGCCUGCAUUACUACCCCACGGCACUCCUGCUGUCGUACGGCAGCGCCGAAUCCGACCGAGUCCGAGAUUGGAUCGUAUCCCUAUUAAAUCAUCUCCAGGGAAGGACAAACCCAGCCACCGAUGCCUUGUGGACGAGAGACGAGCUCGCCGCCAGGUGCUUCGCCGUGAGUGGCAGGCAGUCUUCGGGGGUAGAACAUUAG